GGAGAGGUUGGAGGCAGCGAAGUUGAGCACUGCAGGAGACGUCUGUGAGAGUGAGCAUGGUUGGGGCACGGAGGGGCCUCCUGGUGGGCCUGCUGGUGUGUUUCUGUCUCACGGAGACCCUGGCACAGGGUACUGGAGGGGCACAGAGCAGGCCCAAAAAAGUAAGACCCAAAAAGAAAAAAGAACCCACCACCUCUGAGAUCGCAGCGGCCAAGAACGUGGACAUAAACCAGAUGGCGGGGACGUGGUACCUGUCUAGCGUGGCGUCCAAGUGUUCCUACCUGAUGAAGCAAGGGUCCAGCGUGGAAGCUGUAGUGUUGACCCUGACCCCGCCCUCCGAACCCAAACAGCCCCUGUCUGUCAGCACCAUGACGCGUCAUAAUCAUCAGUGCUGGGAGGUGUUGCAAGCCUACACUCUCACCCCCACUCCGGGGAACUUUGUACUUAAUGGAGGAAGGCCUCUGCUGGACACGGCUGUCGUGGUUCUGGACACGGACCACAGCUCCUACGCCGUCUUCCACCUCAAGAAGAUGGAGCAGGUCACCCUCAAAUUCUACAGCAGGACUAAGAAAGUAUCAGAAGCCAUAUUGGAUAAGUUUCAGGAUGUGGCCAAGAAGCAUGGAUUCGAUUACGACUUAAUGACUCCCUAUCCCAGCUACAGUGGGUCACUGUGAGUCAGUAGAAAAGGUGCACGUGAUUAACUGCGUACCAUUCUGUUGAAGAAACACUGUGUUCCAAGUGCUUCCCAACCAAUAAUACUGGUCAAGCCGGCAGACUGCGGACGACACCAUAUGCCAAUAAAAA